CUUAAAUUGUUUUAUUCCAUACCCUUCAUGAAAACCUGUAGUUUCAGAAUUGAGGUUUAGAAAGAACAUUGAGAGAAGUAAGAAAAAAGCAGAUAUUUCAAUUUAUGGACAACACUGUAAAGUCUACAUUUUGAGCCAAAAAUUGAAAGCCAAUGGCCUUCAAACGACGAAAUCAUAAUAGGCGGAAUUUCAAAUACACUGAUGAAUGACCUGUCGUUGCGCACACGGGGAUAUUUUAAGUUCCUGACAAACUAUCCAGCAAACAAGAAAGAAUGGAAUAGAGCAGUACUUAUUUUACAUCAGGAUCCAAAGAAUGCAAUAAUUACAGCUGACUUGCAAGAUACAGAAUAUGAAACAUUAGACUUACCUGAUACGAAAAUUGUUAUUCAACUGAAUUUAUUCAAAAUAUGCCGAAAACACCUACUCUGUAGUCAUACAUCAGUAUCGAAUGAGUGUAACCAUUCAAAUAUAAAGCAUUCUUCAAACUCUGUGCAAACUACAGUUCCCUGUUAUCAGAUACAUUUGAGUUCACGAUUUCUAUUCGGGAAGAAACAAUUAUGGUUGGGUUUCACUACACCUUUUGACCAAGAUAUAUGGUAUUCAGCAUUGAAAACUUUAAUAUCAAAACAUGGAGGCAAGAAAAAUACUCUUAGUGGUCCUGAUGCGAUUCGAGCAUCUGCACUAAGCUUAUCUCAAACAUCGGAAUUGGAUCUACUCGCUUCAGCUUUGCCAAAUAUUUUAGAUAAUGAAAUAUAUGAGAGUACUUCAGCACCAGAUACCUUUUCAGUCUAUGUAAUUCAUACAGAAAAAUCAAAAGAUUUAGGUUUAUCUGGUCGGUAUUUAUUACGUCUAAAAGAAAAUGCAUUCGAGUUACUGGAUCCAGAUACUUAUACAAUUGUGAGAGUAUGGCCAGUUAAAUAUGUGCGCAAAUUUGGUGUAUACACUAAACGAUUUUAUCUGAUCACUGGAAGUGGUUGUGAAGGCGGUCGUGGAUUAUUCAUCUUUUUAAUAGAAAAUGCUGAUAAAUUUCAAACAAGGCUAUUUCGUCAAAUGAAACAGUUAACCUUACAAUCACAACACUCUAGACGAGCUACAGACUCUAAACAGUGGAUUAUAGAACAAGCCUUACAAAAAGAAUGUGAAGAAUUCCAUAUAGCUGAAACACACAAUUGUUGGUUUUCAUCAGAACCAAGAAAAAAGAAAAAUCUUAUCGCAUCUUCUGAUUUUAUUGAUUCUGCAUUAGCUACAAAACCUCGUGCUAAUUCUGUGAAUGAAUUUAUUUUACAAAAAAAUGAAUCAAAUCAUCCCCAACCUUAUCAACAACGUCAACAUCAGUAUUCAUCAAAUAUACUGCCUAAAGAAAUCUCUGUUUCAUUAGCCUAUGAUAGUGAUACAAAGUCUUCUUCAUCUUCAUGGAUAUUUCCAGAUAAUGAUAAUGUGAUCAAGCCUAAUGGUAAAUGCAUGAUUGAACGUGCAUGUCAAACACUGUUCGACUGCAAUGAUACUACUUCGGAGCAUUCAAAACAUUCAAAUAAUCAUCCUUCACCCUGUAAUACACUGAUAAGACCACGAAUUCAAGAACAAAAUAGCAUACAUAAUAAUUAUGGUUCACAAGAGACAUUUAUUUCAGAAACACUUUGUGAUCAGGAGAAUGCUAAUAAUGGUAACUUUCAAGGACGAGAACAAGAAGUUCAUAUUGCUGAUGAAAAUGAUGAUGAUGCGAGUGAUUCAAGUGAGAUUUCACAACCGUUAUAUGCCAACGCUGAACAAAUAACAAAUACGAAAUUAAAUGCAAAAUUUUCAAACAAUCAAAUGCAUAAUGAAAAAUUGUCAGCAUACAACAUCACUAAUGAAGAUGAAACUGUAGUAACAUCAUGUUCAAUGAAUGCAUUUUCACCAAUUACAACAAUGCAGGACUCAUCAUCCUUGUCACUUUCAACAUUAUCAUCGUCAACUUCUUCUUCGCCAUCUUUUUUCUCCAAUAAACCAAUUAACACAUUCUGUUCAUAUAUGAAAAACUGGAGACUAGGUCGUUCCAUUGAACCAAUAGCUGAGAAAGAAGAACAAGCAUCACGUACAUCAUCAAUAUCUUUAGGUAAUGAAGAGUUGAAUAUUAUUAAUAAGGAAGAAUGUGAUGGUCUUGUCUCAUCAUCUACUCCUGAUAAUGAUGUAAAUUUAAAAGAAAUUAACAAUGAAGAUAAUUCUAAUUUAAAACAACUUCAAAGUAAUAAAGAUACAAUAAGUUAUAAAAAAUCUUCACAAGACAAUGUUCAUUCAACUGGUGAAGUUGGAAAUUCUUUGGAGGACGUGAAAUUUUAUCGAUUAGUUUCAAGAUCAGCCACAUGGGAUGGAUGGAUGAAAUUGACAACUAAUACAAAAAAAGAAAUUCAUUCACAAAAAGUUAUUGUAAAAUCUAAUGCGUAUAAUAGUGAAGCUACUACAGCUACUAACGGGAAUACUGAUAUUACCAUGGAUAGUCAAAGUGAACUAAAAAGUGAUAUUAUCGUGAUGACGGCAUUUUAAAGUCAAAUGAAAAGAAGUUUUGUUAAAUUCGUUGUUAUUAUUACGUGAAUAAUCAAAUAAUUGAUCAAUUAACUGUCAUCACCAUUAUUAUUUGUUAUUAAUUUCGAGCUAGUCUGCUUGAUUGUUUUCUACCAUAACCUGAUGCGGAAUGAUUUGUAUCUUCGUUUACACACAUACUUUUAAUUUAUAAGUAUUUUCUCAAAAUAUAUUUUAAUAUUUAUAUGAUUUAACUUGUAUAAUGUUUUC